GACGCAGGACGCAGGACGCACGCUGGUUUACAUACCGUCUUCGGGUGAUUUAUUGGUUUUAUUGUCGUUUUUUAAAUUGUCGACCCAAGGAACUUUUUUUUUUAAAGUGUGCCUUCAUUCAGAAACUUUCCCCUAUGGUUCGCGAAUAUGGGGUCAAGUUGUGGUUUCUCUCGAGGAAACGUUGUUUGGCUGAAGCUGUUGCUGUUGUUUGGAGGAGCGACAGGAUUCUACUUCCCUCAGAAAAAGUACACUGAGACAGUAUACAUUGGCCAGCCUGCAGGAACACCGAUCCUCCAGGUCCACGCCAUGCUGGACAGCCCCACUGAGCGGCCACAUUUCUACCUGUGUGGGAGACGUCAGCUCUACAGCUCUUGGUUCCACAUGGACAUCAAUACUGGAGUGCUACUCUUGAACAAAACACUUGAGGAAACAGAGUUUGCCUCGUUGUAUCAAAAUUCAUGGUCUGUGAAGAAGUUGUCCCUUCAAGCCACGGUUUUGAAUAAGUUCACCAAGAAGACCCAGUGCAUCGUGGAAAAAGCUGUUCACAUCACCCUGGACUUUGUCAAUGCCACAAUACCACAGUGUUCUCAGCCAGAUAUGAAGGAACUUUGCUUCCCACACAGAGAUACCUCCAACCCUCACAUCACGGAAAACAGGUUCCCAGGGGCCCUCCGGCAACUGCGGCGUCUCACAAUGCUCAAUGUCUGCCCCAACUACACCAUCUCUUACAGUGUGGAAUCAGAUACUCCAGCACCCUUUGCUGUAAAUGAGAACACCACAGAGCUGGUUGUAACCGCACCACUGGACCGAGAAGAAAGAGAAAGCUACAGACUCAGAACAGUUUGCACAGUUCGUACUGAGACCUUCAUCAAGAGGGAGAACAUCUCAUUGGAUGUUUUUGUUGACGAUGAGGAUGAUAAUGCACCAUAUGUGAAUGGAACUGACACCGCAGACAUUGUCAUCAGCUUCAAUCGGACAAAAGGUGGAACUUUUGGCACCUUGUUUGUCUUUGACAGAGAUUUAACUACUAUCUAUCCAAAGGAUCAGAAUCACAAUAAGUAUGUGGAGACUCUGCUGAACAAUGACCCCUGGAUUAAUGCAACGUUUGACAUUAAAGACACCUUCAGUGAAAGGAGAGCUGCUCGUGGAGGCAUUCGAGAGUCCGUCCAUGACUACCAGCUCGUCCUAAAGAGGAACUUGUAUGUGACAGAAAAUCGGAGCGUGUAUCUGGACUACCUGGUCAAUGACGUCACCUAUCCUGGUCUGGAGGGAACAGUGUUGCUGCAUUUCAACGUCACCAUCUUACCAGUCCACAUCCGCUUUGCCAACACCACGCACAUAUUCACACUGUCACGCAGAGCUUCUAUUUACGCACAGGUUGGCAAAAUAUGUGUGGAAAACUGCCUGCAGUUUGAUGGCUUCAGUGUCACAUAUCAGCUCGAGGUGCCAGACAGAAACAUUUCUGCUGACUUGCUGUCCUGCUACACCGCCAUAAGCAUCACCCAGGCCCCAGAUGGGAUGUGGGGACUGCUAUAUGUGAAUGACUCUGAAGCUCUGCACAAGCCUGAGUGCCAGGACCUGCAGUACCUUGUUGUAGCUCAGGAGGGACACACACAACUGGAGGCCAGCACUCAAAUCCACAUUGUACUUGAUGGUGAAGCAAACAAGGCCAACGAGGAGAGCCAGCAGUUGCUGUCCUGUGCAGAGAACAGACAACGAGGAGACUGUGAGUCUUCCCAAGGCCUGGGGGUGACAACCGGGAGAUGCCAGUGGAGGCAAGGCACUGGGAAAGGAAUAUCUGAAAAUUAUUCUACAUGCUCCCCAGACUUGCGAACAUGUCCAGAUAGCUUUUGCGAUGCAGUGGAAAGUAAAGAUAGGUCAAUAUGCCCCCAAGACUGCACAAUGGAAGCUGUAAUUGGAGGGUAUGAGCGAGGCUUGAGUGGGAGUGGCAUUAAGGCCUGCCAUGGAACCUGCUACUGUUUUGCUGAUAAAUGCUUCUGUGAAAAGGAAGAUGUUGAGGACGUGAUUUGUGAUGACAUGUGUAAGACCAUCAUCGCCACAGCUCUUCUCCUCUCCUUCAUUGUGUCCAUCCUCCUAUCAUCAUACUUUAUCCACCGGUACCACAAGAACUCCCCCAAAGCCCCGAUAGCAUCUGCUGAGAUGACUUUCCGCCGGCCAGCUCAGGCCUAUCCUAUCAGCUUCCCUGCUAAUAAUUUACGCAGGGGCUCUCAGGAAUCCAUUGAGACUGACACCUUUAAAAUACCUGAGGAUCCAAAGUGGGAGUUUCCUCGUAAAAACCUUGUGCUUGGCAAGACUUUAGGAGAAGGAGAGUUUGGGAAAGUUGUCAAGGCAACGGCAUUCAGGCUGAAAGGAAAAGCUGGUUACACCACUGUGGCUGUAAAAAUGCUUAAAGAGAAUGCUUCGCACAGUGAGCUGAGGGACCUUCUGUCAGAAUUCACUCUGCUGAAGCAGGUCAACCACCCACAUGUCAUAAAGAUGUAUGGAGCGUGCAGCCAAGAUGGUCCAUUGUAUCUCAUCGUUGAGUAUGCCAAGUAUGGGUCACUCCGUAAUUUCCUGCGUGAGAGCCGGAAAGUUGGCCCGAGCUACAUGGGCAGGGAUGCAAACCGAAACUCAAGCUACCUGGAAAACCCGGAUGACAGGGCACUUACCAUGGGAGACUUGAUUUCCUUUGCAUGGCAGAUUUCUAGAGGCAUGCAAUACUUGGCAGAAAUGAAGCUUGUUCACAGGGACCUUGCUGCACGAAAUGUUCUGGUAGCUGAAGGACGGAAGAUGAAGAUCUCUGACUUCGGCCUUUCGAGAGAUGUUUAUGAGGAGGACUCAUAUGUUAAGAGGAGUAAGGGUCGUAUACCUGUCAAAUGGAUGGCAAUUGAGUCCUUGUUCGAUCACAUUUACACAACACAAAGUGACGUCUGGUCCUUCGGUGUGCUGUUGUGGGAGAUAGUGACAUUGGGAGGGAAUCCAUACCCGGGUAUCGCACCUGAACGCCUGUUUAAUCUCCUCAAGACGGGUUACAGGAUGGAGAGACCUGAGAACUGCUCUGAGGAAAUGUAUAACCUCAUGCUUCGAUGCUGGAAACAAGAAUCUGACAAGAGGCCAACAUUUGCAGACAUCAGCAAAGAACUGGAAAAGAUGAUGGUGAAAAGUCGGGAUUACCUGGACUUGGCAGCGUCCACCCCAGCUGAUGCCCUACUGUAUGACGACGCCCUCUCUGAAGAGGACACACCACUAGUGGACUGUAAUAACGCCCCUCUCCCUCGAACCCUCCCCUCCACAUGGAUUGAAAACAAGCUCUAUGGUAGAAUCUCCCAUGCAUUUACUCGAUUUUAGAAACAGGACACACAAUACAAGCUCUCUUUUUUGGCAAGCUGUGAUUGGCUUUUCCGUAGUCAAGUGUGUGUGACUGUGAUCUAGGCAUGCCUUUUGCUGUUUAAUGCUGACAUAUCUCCCAUUUCAUUGUAAAUGAGAGGUUCAGUGAAAAAAAGAUCCUGUGUCUUGAUGUUUUCUUUGUUUUAUUUGGACCUGCUUCUAAUGUACAUGAAUGCUGACCAAAAAAUACAUUUGUAAAUACUGACUAUAUCCCCUCCAUUCUUAUUUAUACAUCACUACUCAUACCCAUGCUUCAUCUGCAUUUUGAUUUGUAUAUAGCUCAUUUUCCUACAUCAUCACAUUUCAGUUGUCAUCAUUUCGUUAUUUGUUUGCUCUGGAGGAAACAGUUUGUAACAUUUGAAACAGGUCCUCACUGAUUCAAUCAUUCAUUGUGAUUGGAAGUGCAGAUUGUCUUAAAUGUCCUGACUUUCUUAUGUGUAUUAGUAAUUUAUCUGUUUUGAUUACACAAUGCUGAUCAGAGGAACAGUAAGGCUUUUAAAGGCAACUCUUAGGUGACAUUGAUUAAGAGUAAAGAUCAUUUUGGAGAAGUUAUUUGCAUAUGCAUUUCUAAACAGUUUCCGGAAAACAGCCCUUGGUAAAAAUGUAAAGCCAUUAAUAAGAUUAUAGCCAUGAUACAUUAUGAAAAAGCUAAUAAAUAAUUAAUUGUGAUUUACAAAGCCAUAACUUCCUACCUCUGCGAGUCAAACCAGGGCUUGUUUCAUAGAAAGACACCACAGAGUUUGAUUUGAGAGCCUUACUGUCUGCACGCUGUUUACGUUUCACUGAGUGCAGAAAAAUGAUAUGUUCUCAUUUUUAGGCAUGUCAUACCCGAACUGGCCUGAGACGAGCCUGGUACCUCUCAACAGACAUGAUGCCACUAAUCCAGUCUUUACAAGAUAUGCCAAUGAUAGUGUUUAUGCAAACUGGAUGG